AUGUCAAUAAAACUUAGACAGAAGAAAAAGGAAGAUCUCUCUAAGGUAACCAUGGGAAACAAACUGACCAAGAAAAAGAAGAAUACUUAUGAUGUGACUGAUCCCAAAGAUGCCAAGAAUGACAUUGCUGCUGUGGCUGCAGCCCAGAUAGCCGCUAAAGUUGAGGAAACCCUUCCACCACUUGUGGAGGAAGUGACUGCUAAAGCUGUGACGGCUGUGGAAGAGGUCGUUAGUUCUGCAGUGACCGCAGUGACUGAAGCUGUAGGCAUCACGGAGAAACCCAAACCCUCUGAACCAGAACCUGCUGCUCCAGAUCCAAAACAAGAGUCUGUGGCUGAACCAGAACCAGAAACAACCCCAGAGCCACCUGCUCCAGAAGAACCUUCUCCAGAACCAGUUCUUGUUGAUGAACCCACUCCACAGUCACCUGCUUCAGAGGAACCAGUUGCAAAAGAACCAGAACCAGAGCCUGUAAAAGAACCAGAGCCUGUGAAAGAACCAGAGCCAGAGCCUGUAAAAGAACAAGAGCCUAUUAAAGAACCAGAACCAGAGCUUGUGAAAGAACCAGAACCAGAGCCUGCGAAAGAACCAGAACCAGAGCCUGCGGAGAAAACUACUCCAGAGCCUGAUGCUCCAGAGGAAUCAGCUGCUCCAGCACCAGAACCAGAGCCUGUGGCUGAACUGAUAGAAGAACCAGUACCAGAACCUGUGGUGGUGUCAUCUCCUGAACCAGAGCCUGUUAAAGAACCAGAGCCUGUUAAAGAACCAGAACCAGAGCCUGUAAAAGAACCAGAACAUGUGGUGGUGUCAUCUCCUGAACCAGAACCUGUAAAAGAACCAGAACCAGAGCCUGUGGUGGUGUCAUCUCCUGAACCAGAGCCUGUAAAAGAACCAGAACCAGAGCCUGUGGUGGUGUCAUCUCCUGAACCAGAGCCUGUAAGAGAACCAGAACCAGAGCCUGUGGUGGUGUCAUCUCCGGAACCAGAGCCUGUAAGAGAACCAGAACCUGUUAAAAAACCAGAACCAGAGUUGGUGAAGGAGCCAGAACCAGAGCCAGUUGAGGAACCAGAACCUGUGGAAGAAUCAGAGUUGGUCGCAGCUUCUGCUCCUGAACCAAAAGAAUCCCCACUGCCUCCUGUAGAAGAACCAGCAGCAGAGUUGGCAGUAGUUGCACCUGAAGAACCAGUAUCACCAGAGGAGCCAGAGGGAGGAGAAGGGGAUGGACUAGCAACCGAGGUUCCGAAAGCCGAGGUCCUGGAGCAAGAGUUCAAAGAAGAAAUCAUUGCACAGAAAUCCUCUGGGUUUGAGAAGGCUGUGGAACCGGAAGUAGUCGAACCAGUUCCUGAGAUUGUCAUUUCAGAAUCUAUCUCAGGAUGUGAGAUUUCUGCUGAGGAUGAGGAGCACGCCACGUCUAUAGUAGAGAUUAAAAAUGAAGAGUUGGAAUGCCCCGUUGAAUCUGCAAUCACAGAGGUGAACGGCGAGUGUGCAGAGUCUAUCGAACAGUCUGAGGAAUGUGUCAAUGGCAGCGAAAGUCCAGAGGAAAUACCCGUCCCAAAGACUGGCUUGGAACUUAAAAAGGACAUUAUCUUGGGUGAAGAAGUCGCAGAAGUUGACGAUGUAGUGUCCAACCUUGUGGAUGGUCUCAGCAGUACGGAGAUCACACAGGCUGUCUGA